UGCUGUCAGAGGAUCAAUGGGAGCCCGGACACAGCGGCAGGCAGAGGGACCUGAGGUGUUAUCAGAGUUGUCAGCUGCAGCCCGUGUACAGAGCAGUGAAAGGGUUAACAAAAAGCCUCCAUGUAUUCAGAUGCUAAUUGUCAAGAUAGUGUAUUACUUGAGGAAAGUAAUUUGAUUACUCCAAACUCCCACUAAGGAGGCGAGCUUGUGUCCUUUCCAUCUGCCAGGCUCUGAGAAAGAUGAUGAAUUGAACUCAAAACGCACGUGUGAUGAAGUCACCGCCAUUCCCCAGCCAGCAGCGCCCCGCUGCCGUGCCCACCCUGUGGAGGGGAGCUCCGCAUUUCAACUUUUCCUUUGAAACCCAGGAGGCACAAUAACCUGUUACUCGCUGCCGCUCGCUCUUUUUUUUUUUUUUCCUUUUUUUUUCCCUCCCCAUUUUCUGCCUCAGCGCUACAACUGAGUCAUUCUGUUGCCCAUGGCUCGUGGGUAUACAGUGCUCCUGCAGCGUGCUGCAUUAUUCCCCAGUUCAUCUGUCAAUGUUAUUUUCGGCUAAUGCAGAUGUGGGGUUCACUUACCAUCGCUUUGUAGACACUUGUCGAAAACCAUUUGGAAAGCCUUAACUAUGCAUAAAUCCGCAGAGUGAAUGUUUUCUUUCAUUCACUUGCUCCUAUUAUUUUAUUUCUUGUAGGCCUCUGCGGCAGAGAUGGAGAAAAUAAGGGUACGAAAUUCCUGGGUGCCAACCUGCCUAUGGCAACCUAGAAUUCUCCAGGGCAGGCUCGCAAAAUCUUCACCUACUCUCUGGGACAGCACUUUGCAAGAACAGAAGGGGGAAUUACGAAAGCGUCUGUCAUACACUACCCAUAAGCUGGAAAUGCUUGAAACGGAGUUUGAUUCUACACGUCAGUAUCUUGAAAUAGAACUGAGACGUGCUCAGGAAGAACUUGAAAAAGUAACUGAAAAACUGAGAAGGAUACAAAACAAUUACCUAGCCUUACAAAGAAUUAAUCAGGAUCUGGAGGAUAAACUUUACAGAAUGGGUCAACAUUACGAAGAGGAAAAACGGGCUUUGAGCCAUGAAAUAAUUGCACUCAAUAAUCACUUAAUAGAGGCCAAGGUGACAAUAGAUAAGUUGUCAGAAGACAAUGAACUCUAUAGGAAGGACUGCAAUUUAGCUGCUCAGUUGCUCCAGUGCAGCAAGAAUUACGACAGGGCACAUAAGCUUUCGGAGUUGCCAUCCGAAUUUCAGGAAAGAGUCAGCAUCCAUCUGGAAAAACACGGCUGCAGCCUUUCUGUCCCCUUGUGCCACACAUCAUACGCUGAUACCAUACCCACUUGUGUCAUUGCCAAAGUACUGGAAAAACCAGAUCCAAACAGCUUGUCUUCACACUUGUCAAGCCCAUCUACAAGGGAUUUUCAGGACUCUACUGGAAAACUUGGACAAAGGCCCCAGUACAAGUCAGACAUCUACUGCAGUGACACCGCCCUUUACUGCCCAGAGGAGAGGAGAAGGGAGAGGAGACAGAGCGUGGACACACAGGUGAAAGAUGUGGGGUUCCUGAGGUCCCAGAACUCCACAGACAGCACCGUUGAAGAAGACGGUUUCCAUUCCAGCUUCUCUCAUGAAGCCUUCCCAGAGUACAUUACCUCCCUGCCAACCUCCAGCUCCUAUUCCAGCUUCAGCGUCACCUCCGAGGAGAAGGAGAAUGCCCAAGCCAACACUCUGACGGCCUCUCAGCAAGCGAUCUACAUGAGUAGCCGAGAUGAACUGUUUGAAAGAAAGUCACCUGCAGGUUACGAGCAUCAGGGAAGUCCUAGGUUUGCCAAGUCCAAACCUGCGCAGCACAUGGAGCUUGCCGAUGACAAUGAGAACUCACCCAGUUUUACUAGGACUCUGUCUCCUUAUGCGAAUGAACCUUUUCAUUUCUCAGCCAUAACACCACAGCAGGCUUUAGCAAACCAGAAAAUGAGGAAUGAAUGCAGGGGCACCCACCUUUCAGAAGAAGACUUGCCUGGGCGAUGGAGGCAAUUGAGUGUGGAGGACAUUGGUGCAUACUCUUACAGAAACACUGGCAGGCUGUCACCCUGUAGCUUUUCGGAGCAGUACUACAGCAGCCCAAUUAAGAAGGGAGACAGCUGCACAAGCCCCAUCUAUGCUAGUUACAAAGCAGAUAGCUGCUCAGAAGGAGACGAUAUCUGCCAAAGCAGACUUGUGGAUUCUUGCUUCCUGAGAACAGACAGUGGUCUGAAUAUUGACAUCAGCACUAGCUGUAAACAGGAAAAAUUGCCCACUUACAAAACAAAAGAAUCAAGAGACCAAAAAAAUGAAAGGAUCACCGUCCAGUUAUGCAGUAGCAAAAACAUCGAAAAUAGCCCAGUAUUGAAAAGAGAAUACGUGGACGUGAGCCCCAACAGUUCAGCAGAGUCCCUCAACCAGAGUUCAGUGGAGGCUUCAGAAAUCCACCAGUCUUCCAUGGAGCAAGGAAGCCAUUCGGGUAUUCACAGCAAACAGCAGCAGUUUCAACGGACUGGGAGUACUGGUUUGAGUCGGAAGGACAGCCUUACAAAAGCACAAUUAUACGGAACCCUUCUGAACUAGGCAUCUUCCAAAACGGCAAUAAGACAACAAACAAAAGGAAGCAAACAGCAUUUGAUACUUCUGAUGAACAAUAAGGUUCUAAGAAACAGGAUUAUUAUAAAGUAUAUAUUCAUAAUGGUACUAUAUGUUUAAAAAAAAAUCUCUUCAAAAAUGUUACACAGCACUUUUCACUUAACAUCCUUUCCACAUGGGAGACUGUCCCCUCCCCUCUUUUAUAAACCUGAAAUAUUUUUAUAAACAAAAUGGUAUUUAUUAGACUAUCCUAAGCUAUUUGAGCAGAAUUCUUUUCCCUUCAAGCAGCUUUCUUAUUUAUUUUUGUGCAUGAGGCCAUCUGUGCCUAUACUCUUGGAGGAAAAGGGUAAAAUCAUGACGGCGGUGAUAAAAAAUAAAUCCACCCGACAAAAUACCAUAAAAUGUCAUGUGAAAACAAAACAAAAAAGAAUGGUGAAUUUGAAUAAGUAUAUUUUUUAACAAGAAUGGAAUUGUAUCUUAAAUUAUUUCAUACAAAUGUAUUUAUGAGUGACUAAUGUAUGCACAAAGUGAUACUAAUAUUUUGUUCUUUUAAUCCACUGUGUUUCUGCUUUCCUAUUUUUCCUUGUAUACUACCUCAAAAGUAAUUGAGGGUUUCUUUGUCACAUUUUCUGUAGGCUUGCAUUUAUAUUGUCUAAAAUGCAUGCAGUGUCAUAAUUAAUACUGUAUUUUGCAUUACUUAAUAAAAGACACCAGUGGAUA